UGAAGUACUGUGUUUGUCAAAAAAUCAGACAUGUGCUACCGGUAAAGGAACUGUCAUGUUUAGUGGCAUCGUUGUCACGGUCGUGCUAAGCGCAAGCUAGCUGAUAUUUUGUUGACAUCGUGAAGUACAAAACUUCUGCCGCUAUGUUUCAAAUGAGCAGUUUCAAGUGCCCGUCCUGCGCUUUGGCCUAUACAACAAGAGAGCAGCGAGGCAAUCGACUGCCCCGAAUAUUAAAAUGUGGGCACACGUGCUGCGAGGCUUGUAUAAGAAGCCGAGCGUCGUCGAACCACGUGUGCGAGUGUCCCGUGUGCAAGGAACCGCAAUCCUUUGCUGACAGCAGCUGCAUCCAGACACUGUUGCUCGAUUCAUAUGUAUUGGGCAUUGGAGCAGCCAGCAGCAGGCCGCAGCAAAUGCCUGCCCGAGGACUCAAGAUGGAACCUUUUAACUUAACUAUGACGAGCGCCAUUCAAAAUAAGGAGGCCACUGGCACGGUACCUACAGUUAUCUGCGAUGAAUGUGGCAGCCGCCCAGCCACCUGCAGGUGUGAUACAUGUCCAUCAAACUUCUGCAAGUUCUGCUUUGACCAGCUCCACAAGAUAGCAAAAACAAUGCGCAAACAUCAGCCCAGAAGCCUGACUGCAGUAUCGAUUGCUGUAGAAACUACAUUGUGUGAAGUCCACAAGCGACUGCUGGAGUUCUUUUGCACAACGGAUGGCAAGCUGAUCUGCACUUUCUGUGUAGUCAUGGGAGAGCACAAGCAGCAUGAAGUGGUGUCUGUUCUGGAUCAAAACAAGAAAUCUAUCUCGGAGCUAAAACCAGCACUGGAUGAAGCUAUGAAGCCUUACCUUGGCCUGAAACGAACUGUCAAAAAACUUGAGACUGUGUGCAAGAGCGCUGAUGGCCAUUACAACAAACUGGUGCAAGAUGUUCAGUCUCAAUUCCAGCACCUGCACUGCCUCCUGCAGCUUCGCUCAAACCAGUUGUUAACGGACCUCAAGAAAGUUAAUGAACAGUGCUUGGAGAAAAUGCAGGAGCAGCUGAAAGAUCUGACAUCAAAAAUGAGAGAAUUCAAGGAUUUGCAGAAGGAAGUUAACUCUGCAAUUUCCACCAAUACACAUCAAAAUGCCACACACCUUGUGGAGCGGUUGAAGUCAUUUAGCAACAUUUCUUGCUUCCUUCUGGAUGAUCUACAAGAUCACAAGCUUGACCUCGAAGUCACGUAUGAUCCAUCACUGAAGGAAUUGUUGAAGUCACAUGGUGAGGUGCGGUUCACACCUCCAGGAAAAUUAUCCUUUGUGUCUGUGAAAGACCUACCUGAGGGAUACGAGGAGGAUGAUCAGGAUGACACAGACGCUGAAUCAGAAUCCUCCAGUGAGAAGCAGUCUUUGGAUGAGCAGUCGCCAGCACCAUCAAGCAUCUCGAGUGACGAUCUGCCUCAGAUGGCACCUGCAGCAGAACCAUUGAACAACAAGCGAGUGAUGGUGUCUCACAUUCGGGAUCCCACCAACUUCUAUGUGCAGCUGUGCUCCAUGGCUGCAAAGCUGCAGCGAAUGCAGAAUGAGAUCAAUACAUACUGCAUGACACAGGACUCCAGGCUGCGGUCUGAGGAGGAGGUUAAAGUUGGAGGGCUGUUUUUGGCGCAAUUCCAUGUGGACAACAACUGGUACCGUUGCAGAGUGCAGCGCAUGCUAUCAAGUGAUAUGUGCCUUGUCGAUGGGACAAGCUUCAGGCAAAGCACUGUCAAUGUGGAGGUGUUCUAUGUAGACUACGGCAACUCUGAGGUGGUCCCUCUGACUAGGUUGCGGCGCAUGUCCCCUCGUUUUGACAGGCUGGGUCAUUUGGCGAUCAGGUGCGCUCUCUACAACGUGGUGCCUAAAAAUGACGGACGCUGGAAAAGGGAAAACAAUGCUCUAUUCGGGAAGCUUACAUUGAACAGAAAAUUAAUUCUAAAGGAGGUGCAGCGCCAUCCUGAGUUUCUCUCUGUGGACCUCCUUGACGACAGUGAAGGCGGCUGUGGUGAUGUCCGAACCUCCAUCACAGAUGCACUUGUCUUUUUAGAUGCUGCAUGCUAUCACCUGCCCGGUGGCAGCAAAUCAGAGAAAUCUCAGGCAAGCACUCGUCGUCAGUAUUACUCACCCACUGAUCUCUGUGCUGGCCAGAUCGUCAAUGUCAUUGUCAGCUGCAUACACCAUCCGCACAAGAUCUUUGUACAAGAGCUGGGCUCUACUGUGGAGGGCAUGCAGAAAAUGCUUGGAGAGUUACAACAUUACUGCAACAAUGAAAGCACUGAGCUGGACAUACUGUUUGCACCUGAAGUUGGUAUGGUCUGCUUGGCAAAGUUUCCUCAUGACCAGUUGUGGUAUCGAGGUCGUGUGGUCAGCCUACACGGGAAGUCUCACGUGGUUGUGUCCUAUGUCGACUAUGGAAAUCAGGAACGGGUGCCUGUUGUGUGGGUUCGCCGCAUACCGGACAAGUACAUGCACCUUCCUAUCCAGGCCAUUCCCGUGACACUUGCUGAUGUGGCUCCAGUUUUGGGUGCGUGGUCUGAUGAGGCAACCAAAAGACUCUCACAAUUGACCUUGAGCAAACACCUGUUGAUGAAAGUUCAUGCAAACAGUGAAGAAUUCCAGCGUGCCAAAGUGUCACUGUAUGUACCAGGCAAGGAGGACACAGACUUGUGCGUGAAUGCUGUACUAGUCAAAGAAAAUCUUGCAGCUAGCACUGGACCUCUGUCUCUUGUGGAAGACGUGCCCACCCUAAAAGCACAUUUGAUCAUCCGUCCAAAGUACUCCAUUGUUGAGGCUUAUGAGGAAUACAAGGUAGAAAGCAGGCAGCAGAAGCGGCUGGCCGCCAUCAUGCCGGGCCUCGCACCACCACCCGUUGAACUGAUACCUCGACCUCAACAACAUGCACCUCGGCUACGUGCUGAGAUGCAUGGCCAAUUGCGUCCUGAGAGGCAUACCGAGAGGCAUCCCGAGAGGCAUACCGAGAGGCAUCCCAACAUGCGUCCUGAGGUUCGUGCCCCAAGCCGGAGACCCGCCACUGCGCUGAUGGCUGCUCUGGAAAUGCACAUGGCUGAGCCUCCCAAGGAACCUGUUGUGGAUGAACGUCCUAAGGAGGACUACGUGCCAGUGCAUGUGACAUACCCAAAGUCCCCCCAGCAUUUUUAUGUGCGGCUUCUGGAGGAGAGAAAGAGUUUCAAGGGACUUUCCUCUCGACUGCAGAAUGCAUGGGAUGGUGGCAGAGAAACCAAGGACAAUUGGGAGGUGGGAGAGUGGUGUGCAGCUAAAAGCUCCGGUGAUCACUGGGUGCGAGCCAAGGUUGUGAAAGUGGAAGAGGAGGAACUCCACGUGUUCUUCGUUGACAGUGGCAUGCAGGUUGCUGUGCCAAGGGGCGAAGUCGUCGUGUUGCCAGGAGCUCUUGCUCAGGUGCCACCGUUUGCCCGAGUGUGCCAUCUGGCCGACAUGAUCCCCGCUGGAGGCAGCAAGAGCUGGUCCAAGACUGCGGAAGAGUGCUUUGCCGAGCUGCUGUCCAGGGGGAACAAGACCUUCAUGGUGCAGAUUGGGGAGGAGCUGGAUGGCUCUCUUCCAGUUGAUAUCAUGGUGGAGGAAGUGAUUGAGGCCGGUGCCUUGGAGCCAAUGCGCAAAGAGUAUAGAAGUGUAAGGGAGGCAUUGAAGGAAAUGGGCUACGGCUUCAUUUCCAAAAAAAGUUGCGUAAAGAAAGAAUCAACCACGGAAUCGGCAGAGGCCACUAGUUCUAGUUUAGUGAUGACCACUGGUGACAGAGAAGCCGCUACAUUGAGCAGCAAAGGGAAGAUUGCGGAUGACGGAAAAACGAUUUCUUCGAACAAAGUCAAGACAGCUAGUGACAGAGAGGCUGCUCCUUCGAGCGAAGUAAAUGCCACAGAUGAUAGAGCGAUCACUGGUGACAGCAAUCCAGAUGCACUCAAAGAACCUGUGGGGUCCGAGAAUGUUACAGAAAACUCCACAUCUUCACAAAGUGAGGAGCCAGAGCCAGCAGAAGCGCACUGUGCGCCUGAAAAGGUCUCACAUCCUAAAGAAGUUGUUUCCACUGCAUCAUCUGUAAGUGGCGAAGAGGUUUCCACCUUGCCCUCUACAGAAGUUGGAGAGGAGGCUUCUCCUACAGCCUCUACAAAUGUUCAAGAGGAAUACACUAAACCAGCCUCAACAGCUAAAGCGAGCGAUACUGAACUGCAAGAUGCAGCAACUUUAAAGUGCUGUAAUAAUGUGGCUGUUGAUUUUCUUACAUCAGAUAGCGCAGAGGUAGUCGCAGCACAGUUGGACGGUGCAGCGGAUGAGGCUGCUCCCUCUGAUAAAAAUGAAGAUAAGGGUGCAGAAGAAGAUGAAAACGUAACAGAUUCAUCAUCUUCAGAGUGCUUGAGUGAUGCCAUUGAAGACAACACUGAUUUUCUUGUGAUUCAGGAUGAUAAGCCGCUAUUCAAAUGGCAUCCUCGAUCCUUCCCCACAGAGAAGCAGCUGAUGGUGAUGCCGUCACACAUUGAUGAAGAUGCUGUGGUCUACGUUCAGAUAAUUGAGAAUGAGGAGAUGGAGCGCUACAAGGUACUGAAAGAGAAGCUGAACAAGGCGUACCGCAAUCGAUCAAAGCCCCAGCAUCGCACCCUGCGCAUUGGGCAGGCCUGCAUUGCAUGCUACUCGCUGGACAAGUUGUACUACCGGGCGGUCAUCUUGAACUCUGGAGAGAAAGGCAUUGAGGUCCGAUUCGUUGACUACGGCACAUCUGAAUAUGUGAGCCCUGACGGCAUCUUCACUGACUUGAUGUUUGAGGAUGUGCCUAUACUAUGUCUGGAGGUGGAGCUUUAUGGCUUGAAGCCAUUUUCGAGCACAGGAGGCUGGCCACUCAGUGUUCUGGACACUGUGCACUACAUGGUGGUGGAACAAAACUGUUCUAUGGUUGUGAAGACGAGGCCUACCGAGACGUCACGUGCCAAAGUGCAUCUAUUCUUGCCCGAUGGAGUGGCACUCCACGAAUUUAUGCUGGAGGCUGGCUUGGCUUGCAGAACCAAAGAGGAGCUACCAACUGAAAUCGUUGAGGCAACUGAUCUCAUCCCCUGUCCUUAUAAGAGCUUGGAAUUUCCUGAGGAUGGGGUGUUUCCCGUCAUAGUAACAAACUUGGAUGACGCUGACCUGGGCUGCAUCCAGCUUGCGAAGUUUGCCCAUCCAUCGAAUGAUGAGCAGGAGGCCAUUAACUGCUCCAUUGACGCCUUCAAUGCCAUGGCAGAGGCUUUGCAGAAAGAGGCCGAGGACUGUCCUCAUUUGCUGGACACAAGUAUAGGUACACCAUGCAUUGGCAAGUAUGGCUACGACAAAUUGUGGUAUCGUGGUAUUGUGACUGGCGUUAAGAAGAAGAAGGUGACAGUCUUCUACGUUGACUACGGGAACAGCGAAUCCAUCUUGAAAGAAGACUUACGUGUGCUGCCAGCCAAGUUUCUGGACAUUCCCAUGCAAGCAAAGGCCUGUCGCUUUCACGGUGUUACCAUUGUCGGCGACAAAAACAAAGCAAGGUUGAUGAUGUCAGAUAUUCUCUUUGAUGACAAAAUUGGCUGCCUUGCCAGAAUCAAGAAGAAAGAUAGCGAUCCCAUCGAAAUAGACCUGAUGAACUCUUCCUUGGAACUCAUCUACCAGCCGCUGGCUGACGAUGGAUGCAUCACAAUCGACAGAGAGCCGUGAAGUGCUUCAAGGCCAGAGCCCAAAGCAAGUCAGCUUCAUUGAUGGUGCCUCAUUUUGUACUGUCCGAGCAACAAACUUCCAGCAAGAAGGUUGUUGUGCGAUACUGGUCCAUAGUUAAGUGUGCUUCAGUUCUGUGCAUUCAAGAGAAAGAACAUCCCUUGUAAAUCUGAGCAUCUGUUCCAUUCAUAGCUUCUUUUGUUCUUCAGCUAAGACCCUGCGUCUGGAUGUUCCAUGUUGUUCGUUCAUUUCUCACCACUGUGAUCUGUAUUAAAAGGUGGUUUAUUUUUGUG